AUGACAAGCCAAAGCAUUUGGAACGAGGACGGCGGUCUGCGGAUACGGAAUGAGUCCUCAGCAGAAGCCAAGCAAGCGGUGAAGAGCGCUGGGAAGCCCCAGUCUGGAUCAUUUUUCGGACUCGAGUGGGACAGGCCUGGCAGCAGCAGUCCUUGGCCAAGCUUCGACCAGUUCCCUGAGCACCUGCGCGUGGGUCCAUGGUCCCCGUUGGCCUACAUUUUCCUGGCAGCGUUCAUCAGUUUCGUCGCGUUUUCGGCUGGCUGGGCCUUUGCCGACUUGCCAAAGCUUACUGCAGCUGAGCCAGAGGGUUCCUUCAUUCAACUAGUGCAUGGCGCAGGCGCACUGUACAUGACAACUGUUCUUACUUUCACCUUAAAGAGUACUGGGCUGUGGCCAUUUGUGAGCUAUACGGCGAUCUCCUACGUGCUGAUGACUCUGCGAUUUACUUUCGUCUUCUUGGGGUGUCGAACCGCAGCUGAGAUUUUGCGCUUCCCGGUAGUGGCCAUGGCGACCGUGACAAGCACGAUCUGGUGGUUGGUUUUGUUUCCGGUCAUCCUGGCGUUUGCGGCGCCUAAGAACAGGCGUGCCUUCCUGAAGAUGAACCUCAGCUGGUUCCUUUUCAACAUGCACCUCCUCAACCUACCGAUAGCCUUGGCCAGUCAGUGGAGCCACACCCGACCCCUGGUCUUCCUAGACUUUUGGGUGGCUUCAAUCCUAGCGGCAUGUUACCUGUUCUUCUACCUCCUGGUCAUGGACCCAAACGGCUUGCACCUCUACAUCAUUCUGAGUCCCAGGCCAUGGUGGUGCAUCAUCUCCUAUUUAGGCAUCUUGCUGCUUUAUGCGCAACUCUUCCAUGUCUUCGGCUCGUGA